AAUUAGUGAAAUUUGAACACGAACGCGAAAUGUAGGAAUUUAGUAUUAAAAUUAAUUAUAAAAAUUAUGAUAAUUUGUUCUAAAUUCCAUAUGUUGUAAAGCUCCAAAAAUUUUARCUAUGAUUAUGUAUUUCUAAUUUAUUUAUCUUUUCAAUGAUUUACAAUUAUUUAUGUGAGAAUUUUUAAAUUUCAAAUUUCAAACAUUUGAAAAUAUGAGUGUUAUGAGAAAUUCUUAGRCUAAAAGGAUAGGUUGUAAUUAUGGUCUUGGCGUCCAAGGAAGUCAUCACUGUGGCUUCGUUGUGCUGUGUAUGGUACRUAGUGAGUUCUGGCAGCAAUGUAGUUGGCAAGACACUUUUAAAUCAAUUCCCAUAUCCAAUGACUGUGACCAUGGUGCAGCUCCUGUCCAUAGCUGUUUAUUCAGGYCCGUUUUUCAAUGUAUGGGGUGUGAGACGAUUUGUUGACAUAAGUUGGCCCUAUUAUUUUAAGCUUAUAGUACCACUUGCUCUGGGAAAGUUUGUUGGAUCUGUUUUCACACAUGUCAGUCUAUGGAAAGUACCAGUUUCCUAUACACACACAAUAAAAGCUACUAUGCCACUGUUUAGUGUUGUAUUAUCUAGAAUAAUACUAGGAGAAAAACAAUGUUUAAAAGUUUAUUUAUCAUUGGUGCCCAUAAUUGCUGGAGUUGCAAUCGCAUCUUUCACAGAGAUAUCUUUUGAUGUAAUAGGAUUGAUGAGUGCCUUGGCAGCUACAUUACAACACACAUUGCAAAAUAUUUUUUCUAAAAAAGUACUUCGCGAUACUGGUAUUCAUCAUUUACGACUGUUACAUAUACUAGGUCGUUUAGCAUUAAUCAUGUUCCUACCAGUGUGGCUAUAUUUUGAUUUCUGGCAUCUAGUGACAGUUUCAAAUUUCAAAAUGAAUAAUGAAUCGUAUAAAGUAUURGGUUUGCUGUUUACUGAUGGUAUACUUAGUUGGUUACAAAAUAUAUUAGCAUUUAGUGUUAUGUCAAUGGUUACAUCUUUAACAUAUGCUGUAGCYAGCUCAUCAAAAAGAAUAUUUGUGGUGGCUGCAUCUCUAUUUGUAAUUGGAAAUCCAGUUACUCUCAAUAAUGUUUGUGGUAUGGCAUUGGCUUUGUUUGGUGUGAUUGCGUAUAAUAAGGCAAAAUAUGAUGCCAGGCAAACAGAUCAGAAACGUGUAAUUUUGCCAAUGACAUACCAACACACAAACAGUUYUACAUUUUGGCAAAACGGUAACAUAAGUUCUAGUUAUACUAACGGAAAUAAAUCAUUAUUUGUCUAAUUUUAUAUUGUGACGACUUUCAUGCAAUUACWAAACUAUAAAAUUUAAUAAAUCUGUUAAAUAUACAAUACGUUAGGUUUAUGUAUUUCCAUUUUGUUAAUGUUUUCAGCUAUAUACUUAAUGUUUUAUUUUACUUUUUAUGAUUGAACUGCUGUUUUGAGUUUUUUUAUUAAGAUGUAUGUGUCAAAAAAAUUACUUCUUUAAAAUGUAUUAAGUGGACAAUAUUKUAACAUAAGUUUUAUGUACAUAACUAUGAUUUUAUGUU